CGGCCGAACGAACGACCUAAUAGCUGCCAUACACCCGCGUCUCUAUAAUUGUUUUUCAUACUUCCAGUUUAUUGUUUGUCGUCUUCAAGGCGGGCUUUUUUUUUUCACCCAAGAACUUUCCAAAUAACGUCCAGUUACGGCUAAAUGUGUUCGCUGCACUCUUAGGGACGACGACCACACCAAGCCUUGAAUUAUCCGUUCAAUAAUUACACUUCAUGUCUGCCGAGUUGAGUAUUGAACACAAAAGUCGUGGUCGUCGUCGUCAUCCAUUUUUGUCCAGUCGGUUCCGUCUCUCGCAGUAACUACCUUUUCUAGUCAGACCGUCGUUCAGAAUUUGCAAGUACUUGUCACCUUGCUUCUCACACAUAUUGGUUGUGUUGUUUCGAUCACAAGGCACAGUGACGACUAUUUACCUGACUUCAUGUUAUCGACAUUAGUCGGGGCCGACGACUAUUAAGAUUUACCGGACCUACAAACGGAGACUAGUAAUGGCGCCGGUGACCAGGAGAAAACAUAAGAAUGUACGUAAGGUAACAGCAAAACAGCCGAUGCUCAAGGAUAAAAUGGUAGUGCUAAGCCUUAGAGAUGGUAAAGCGUGUAUGUUUUGCAAUAGAAAAGAAAUAAGUGAAAAAGCAUAUGGUCCACUUUAUCAACUUAACGAUAUCAUUGUUCAUUAUUUUUGUAUUUUGUUAUCUUCUAGAGCAGUUCAAAAUGGUUCAGAUAAGGAAGGAAUUUGGGGAUUUUUAUUUAAAGAUAUUAAAAAUGAAUUGAUUAGAGGAGCUAGAGAAAUCUGCACUUACUGUAAGAAACCUGGUGCUACUAUAUCAUGUUGUACCCCAAGAUGUCGUAAAAUAUUUCAUCUACCUUGUGGAUUGAAAAAUGGAUCAAUGCAUCAAUUUUUUCAAACAUUCAAAUCUUUUUGCCAACAGCAUCGAGUAGCACAAAAUAUAGAUAUCCAAGACAUACAACAUUCCACUCCGGUUCAGUGUUCUAUUUGUAAAGAAGAUGUUAUACCUACUCCUCUUCCAUCAUCUAUCUGGGCUCCAUGUUGCAAACGUAAUGCUUGGUUUCAUCGAGACUGUAUUCAAGAAUUGGCAUUAAAUGCUGGCUACUUUUUUAAAUGUCCAUUGUGUAAUAAUGUUGAAUUAUUCAAGAGUAGGAUGCUUACUCUUGGGAUUUAUAUACCAUCAAGUCACAAGAAAAAAUUAAUACGCAGGGAUGCAUCAUGGGAAACAGUACCUGACGCAUAUGUUGAGCUUUUAGAACGUCAUAGUACUUGCAAUGCUGAUACAUGUUUAUGUCCUCAUCCAGAGAGAAGGAACUUUCAACAAGAGACUGGAUCCUGGGAAAUAAUAUUAUGUCAUGCUUGUGGUUCAUAUGGUACACAUAAGUUGUGCAGUUCUCUUAAGUGUAAUGAACAGUGGUACUGUAACUCCUGUCAUAGUAUAGCUGUUACAGAAAAUCCUGUCACUGUCAGAAUAAGACGAUUAGAAAUUACUGAUAACACAAAUUCACCUACAACCACCCAAGUAGAAAUUACAUCAUCCCAAACUAGUAAUUUAUCACAGGUUGAUACAAGAGGAACAUUAAUGAACUUGACUUCUAGAGAUAGAGCUAGACAGGUUAGAAACAACAGAGGUGUGUUAGGAAAUAAUGUAGCUCGGCAGCCCUUAUUUGCGACAAAUGAAGUAAUUUCACUAUUAUCUGAUGAUGAAGAAGAUGUUCAUGAAAAUAAUGCUGAAGCUGAUACUAGUAAUGGGAAUGACGUACAGUAUAUAGCCUAUAUAGAACCACCAAACCAAGUUAUUGAACAAUCUUUUCUACCAGUAAUACAAUGUUACUCAUCAGUGAGUAGUAGUACUUCAAAUGGCCUCAAUGAAAAUGGUUUCCACUACAAAUCUAUUACGCCUUCAUCAUCCACACUUAGAACUGCUAUGUAUUGCCAAACUGAGAGUAUUGACUUAACUUUAGAUGAUGACUAAAUUUCAAUUUUGAAUGAAUCAUUGUGCAGAGCUAAUGUAUUUUUACAUACAAUUACUACUGAACAGUCAUUAACAGAAUUAAGACUGAUGAAUGAAAUAUUUCUUUGCCAAUUUGAAUUAAUAUUUCUAAUCAUUUUAAAGUAAUGGUUUUUAAGAAUGGUCUUUUAUAUUUUACCUAAAGUUUAAUAAAAUAUUGUAAAAAUUGAUUCA